UGCAGGAGCAUAGAGUUAUCAUGGCGGCUCGUAGCCAUGUGCAGGAUCCCAAUGACAGGAGGUUGCGUCCGAUCUAUGAUUAUCUGGACAAUGGCAAUAACAAGAUGGCUAUACAGCAAGCUGAUAAAUUGCUCAAAAAACACAGGGACCUUCACUGUGCAAAGGUCCUGAAAGCAAUUGGGUUGCAACGGACUGGCAAACAAGAAGAGGCAUUUGCUGUGGCACAGGAGGUAGCUGCACUUGAACCCACGGAUGACAACUCUUUGCAAGCUCUCACUAUUCUUUAUCGUGAAAUGCACAGACCUGAGCUGGUUACUAAGCUAUAUGAGGCUGCUGUGCGAAAAGUCCCAAGCAGUGAGGAGUAUCACUCGCACCUCUUCAUGGCAUAUGCCAGGGUUGGAGAAUACAAAAAAAUGCAACAGGCUGGGAUGGCACUUUACAAGAUUGUUCCAAAGAAUCCAUAUUACUUCUGGUCUGUGAUGAGUCUGGUCAUGCAGUCUAUUUCAGCACAAGAUGAAAAAUUAUCAAAGACAAUGUUCCUCCCCUUAGCACAGAGAAUGGUGGAAAAAAUGGUAAAAGAAGACAAAAUUGAGGCUGAAGCUGAGGUGCAACUCUACUUAAUGAUUUUGGAACGACUUGGAAAAGACCAGGAGGCUCUCGAAGUUAUCCAAGGAAAACUAGGAGAGAAACUGACCAGUGAGUUACAAAGUCGAGAGAUGAAAUGUAUGGUGCUGUACAAGAAGCUGAUGAAAUGGCCUGAAUGUAAUGCACUUUCAAGGAAACUUUUACUGAACAACCCAGAUGACUGGCAAUUUUACAUAUCUUAUUUUGAUUCCCUCUUCCAUCUGAUUGAUGAGGCUUGGACUCCACCUGCAAAGGCUGAGCACUGUCCAGAGGGCCAAGUCACUUGCCUUGUUCAGGAAGCCAUGUCUUUUGUGGAGGAACGAGUUUUGAAUGAAGAACCAAAGGGCUCCCGUCGCCUGAGGGGGCCAUACCUGGCUAAACUUGAAUUAAUAAGGCGGCUAAGAGAGAGGGGUACAAAUGACGAACAUAAACUUGGAAUUCCGGAGGACCUGAUGUUCCAGUACUUUGAGAGGUUUGGGGACAGGCCUUGCUGUUAUUCUGACCUGAAAAUCUUUGUCGAUCUUCUAUCGCUGGACAGGCAUACACAGUUUAUCAACAAAUUGAUGGAGGUAGUACCUCUUUCAAUAUCAACAGAGAGUGAUCUUGCAUUGCCAGGUGAUGUCAAAGCCAUGCAAAGGCAUAUGUUUGUUGUUCAAUUUGCCCGAUUAUUAGGCCUUCAUGAGACUAUGGACCAGACACAGAAGCUCAGACUUAUUCAAGAGCUGAUGCAGAGAUACAAACAUGCCUUAAAGUUCGGAACAUCGUGUUUGAAAACAGAACUGCAAUUCUCUGAUAAUUACUGUCUCCUUGCUGUGCACCACCUUUUCGACAUCUGGCGACAAUCAGGUGAGGAAUGGCCGCUAUGGCGAUCCCUAGCACUGCUGGAGGAGAGCCUCUCUAACAGCCCCUCAAGUGCUCAAUUCAAGCUGCUACUCAUUCGAAUUUAUUGUCUGCUGGGAGCUUUUGAGCCAGUUGUAGACUUGUACACCAGUCUUGAUGCCAAGCAUGUGCAGCAUGAUACAAUUGGAUAUCUGCUGACUCGUUAUGCGGAGCCACUGGGCCACCUUGCUGCUGCUUCCCAAGCAUGUAACUUCACACUCAGGUUUUUCCACUCCAACCAGAAAGAUACCUCUGAAUACAUAAUUCAGGCAUACAAAUAUGGUGCGUUUGAGAAAAUCCCAGAAUUCAUUGCCUUCCGGAACAGGCUGAAUAAUUCGCUGCAUUUCGCACAAGUUCGCAUUGAACGUAUGCUGUUAGAUCUCUUCCUCGAAGCAAACAUAACAAACAGCCUGGAAGAAAGUAUAAAAGCAAUGGGUAUAUGUCCAGAUGAGGAUGAUAUUCCAUGGGACAAUCUACGGGAUAACCGGGAUCUGGCUGUUAGUAUUAGCUGGGAUCCAAAGGACUGGGAGUUGUCAGAAGGGGAAAGAAAAUCGUCAAUGAAAGAGGAGAGAAUAUGGCUUCAAGUUCGCUCAUUGACACUGCGUCUGGUCUGUGCACUCUCUGCUGUUAGCCAUACAGUAGAGCCAAAAAAUUCCGAAAAGACGACAACAAAUGGUGUCACUUCUAAAAUUGAGACACUGCGCUCUUUAAUUCAGCAGCUUGAACGUGUGGUGCAGUCCGAGAAGAAAAAAGACAAACCAAUAGCCAAGUUUCUCGUCCAGGGACCACCUCCAACACGUAUGACAACCUACCUGGAAAGUAACAGCUGUCGGUGUCAGAUUGAUGCUUUCCAUCUGGUUACUGAUAUCUACGAACUGGAUGUCAGUGGAUUAGAUGAAACACUGGAUGUCCAGGAGAGGAUAGCAAAUAAUUUUAAAUCUUUGUUACAACAGAUGCAAGAAUUAUUCAAUAAAUGUAAAGGAAACUUAUUGGAAACAAAGCAAACAGAAUGUACAACAAAACCGGAACUCUUAGAAAACUUUGUCUUUUUAGUUGAGACCACCUGCAUCAUCCUGUGGGUAUCUUAUUACUGUGGUAAUGUCCUCCGGCCACUAAAAUCCAGUUUACAAAGGAAAAAGAAGAAGAAAAAGGAAAUCAAUGUCGUAAUGCCCAUUGUUUUCAGCAGCUUCCAAGACUAUGUGGGUAGAUUGCAGAAUUUCCUGUCUGAAGUGGUUAACCAUCUUAAAGAAUUGGAGUCAACACUCACUGCACUGAAACUCGAAGAAUUAACACUGGAAAGUCCUUCAGCUAUUGAGGAUGAGCAGAAGUUUUCCCGGACGGUGCGAAGUAAAAUUCAAAGCAGCUACCAACGUUCUCUACAGGAGAUUGGAGAGCUACUGAGAAAGAGAUUGGACACGGUUAAAAGCCUGAAAUUUUAACUGUUUGAGGUAGAGGAAGAAAAGGGGUAACAGACCAGUGAAGAACUGCACGGCUAUGCCGUAAAAUCCCGUUACAAAUACAGUGUGUUCCUAGGACCCCAUCAGAUACAUCAGCUGAUGCAGAACAUUUACCAGAAAGCAUGAAGGACUUUGCAACGAAAGAGUUUAAAGUAAAAGGUUUUUAGAACAAAAAAGGUUAAUAAAUUAUGUACAUAAAUUCAGAGUCAGAGGCCUUCUCUCAGACUUGACAGCAAUAUUUUUAGAAUCUGUUGGGUGUUUCUGUUGUGUAGUUUUGUGCAUGUUGCACCCAGCACCAUCGCUACUAAAUGCUGAAAAGUCAAAUGAAACAUUAGACUAUGUUCAAUUGCAAACAUAGUACCUGUGUAGGUACUGACAUUUUGACUGCAGCUUAUACAACACAUAUGGGUGUACAGAAUGUAUAUGGAUAAGUACCACGUGUUCCAUCAUAAUUUAUUCAACAUUUUAAUUUUUUUUUAAUUUGUAUAAAAUUGUGUUGUAUAAGCAGAACUCUUUCACAAACUGUUCUCCUUUAUAGAUCUGGCUCCUCAAAUCCAUUCCCUUAUUUGCAAUUUUUUUUUCUGAUCCUGUUCCAAUAAGCUUAAUUUGGGGAAUUUUUUUUGCUUUUUAUGUGCUUGCUUUUCUAUCAAAUUUUGUUUUAUUUCAAUUGUGUGAGAGCUGCUGACCCACAUCUUGUUACUGAUGGUCUUGAUUCAAUGCUCAUUGCAGUAUACAGUCGCAGAACAGACUGUGGGGGGGGAUUUCCAGACAGUGGAAUCAAUGCUGUGAGGCAUUAAUGUUGUCUCUCUCAUUUCUCUGUAUUCAAUGCCUCUUUGUCAAACAAGGAAAAGUGUGUUAGCAUCUAAUGUACAAGAACAUCCUUUCCAUUGUCUUCACAGAAGACAGAACUGAGGAAAAGAAAAACUUAAUGUAUUAAAACAGUUCUCAUUCAGAAAGUAUACUUUGACAGAAGAGCCUAAAUUCCAUGAGGCAUACUAAAAUACGAAACAACAGUAAGGUUUGCAUUUUUAUUGCACUAAUUCCUUGGUGGUAUUUGUAUUUUGUUAACAUCCACACACACUGUUGAAGGCUCUCUACACUGUUGCAGCAACAUUAAUUUGUCAAAAAUAACUUUAAGUAAAAUAACCUGUACUCAGAUACACUCCAAACAGUAUCCCGGCUCCCCUACUGGUUGAGCAUGUAAUAUGUUUUUUAAAAAACUAUACAGACCAAAAUGGUGAACAAUUUGCUAAUUGAUCUUUGCUGAAUUUACUCAUCUCAUUUGAGUAGCAUUACAAUUCCCUUUAAUAGCUCGGGUAGGAAUGAGAAAGUAAAAAUUCAUUCCUAGUCUGAAGCUGCUGAUCCAUCUAAGAAAAUUAUGUGGGUAUUGAUUGAGACUGAACUUUAAUAUACCUUUGGCGCACUCAGAAAUAAAUACCUGCCAACAAUCACAGUGUGGACUUGUGUGGAAAAUCCCCUUAUUUGACACACUGCUAAAGAGCUUCUGUUUCCAAGUGUCAAUUGACACUUCUUUUAGAAAGGGAAAGACGGGAAAGGAGUUGAAUAAUUGAGUGUGCCAAUAAAACUUGUGGAUCGGUGAGGGUGGUAUGUAUCAGAAACACUUAUAUUCAUAUUUAUAUAAAUACCCCUGUUUAAAACCAUGGCCACUAAAUUGGAGCAUAGAGGCAAGAGAAACUGGGGUUGUUUUCAUGAGCAGAGAAGGUCAAAGGUUUUCAUUGUGUUCAGAUUUAUGAAGUCUUUUUAAAAUAAAUAAGGAGAAUUUUCCGGUGACAAAAUGGUCAAUUAAUAGAGGAUGAGUGCUGCAGAUAAUUGUGAAAAGAACCAGAGGUGAGUGGAGAGAGACAUUUCUGCAUCUCUCAUCUGGAAUACAAUUCUUAAAGGAUCAUAUUCAAAAAUAACUUUCAAAAGGGAAUGAAAAAUGGAAAAUGUUGCAGGACUUUCUGAAAAACAAAGGAAUGGACCGAAUUGGCCAGCUCCUUCCAACAUCUGUCACAUGUAUGUGGGCUAAAUGGCUUUCAUUCUGCGCUGUAUCUUACUAUGAUUUAAUGGCAUACUCAGUUGGCACUCAGUCCUUUAAGUUCAUGAUCUAGAUCCAGUCCAGAUAAUCCCUUUCUGCUGCUAACAAGAAAAGCUUGAAUUUUGUUUCAUUUAAAUUCAUUAUAGAAUAUCUCUCAGGCCUUAAUAGUAUUGAAUAGAAAUAUCUGGUUUAUUGUGGAUUCAUAACUGAAUUUGGGAUAACCUCCCAUUACUGAGACAGACUAGGUACCUUUACUGCCCAGUCAACCUGCACAAAUGUGAACUUUGUCAGCUUGACCAAACAAUUACAAGUUAAAUAGUAUUGAUGUAGUGAUAUAAAUGCAAUAAAAAAUAUGGUUUUGUUUUUUUUU